AUGGCCGAAGUACUGCACACGCCACGAGAGGGCUCGCCGUUUGGCGGCCCCCCCAUGGCGCGCACCGUCUCGUCCUCGAACCUGUACAGCGCCCUGGCGUCGCCACGAAGGAACCACUUCUCGCUCAACGAUCUGCGCGCCCACCCCGAACCGUCCGAGUCGUCCCGCGCCUCGUCGCUGCAUUCGGCCUCCUCCAGCAGCCUGUCACUCGACACCAGACUGGACGAGUCGAGCAGCGAAGACGACGGCCUUACAUUUCCCGACUACGGCAGGAACCCAAGCGGAUACAUCAAAACCACAGACGCUUGGGACCACGCAAACUCUCCUAGCGUCAAAAUCGUCGGCGAGCAACUGCCGCCUUUCGACCCGCACCCCACCCCAGAGAGCACGCUGUACACCGACACGCCUCUGACGACGCCUGACCCAGUGCCCGUCUCCGAGGACGAUUCGGCGGUGCGAAAGGAGCCUUCGCAUCACGUCGACUACCUUUCGUACGAGUGGAGGGAAGAGGACAUCUGGUCCUCGUGGCGCCACAUUGUCGAACACCGGAGCGUCUACGGAGAGCGCUCCAGGCUCGAAAAUGCCUCGUGGCGAACGUGGGCCAAGUCCCAGUUCAAGCUAAAGACCGUGUCGCCCGAAACACUCAAUUGGCUCAAAGAUGUAGAUGUCACCUGGCUCUACGGGCCCAUGCAGCCUGCCUGCAACAGGUUUGCCUCGCAGCAGAACUCGGAGCCCGCCAGCCGACUGUCCAAGAGCGGCUCUUUCCUCGGCUGCGUGAAGAAGCCCAUUCUGAAGAAGCGCAGCAUGUCCGAGGCGAUGCUGCAGAAGUCGCUGUCCUCUUCCUCGUUGGUGGCAGAGGCUGCAGAGAUGGCGCAAGCACAGCGAACACCGACCGUGACAUUGGAGCGCCGCAAGCCUCGACCCAUCAUUGGAAGGAAAACCUCCGACCUCCCUACAGCGUCGUCGUUGAUGUCGAGAACGACAAGUAGAGAGCCGACAGAUUACUUCACCUCGAGAUCGACAUCCGGCCUGCACUCCCCACUCGAGGGCGAGAAGAAGCACAUUCGGUUCGAUGAUAAAGUCGAGCAGUGCAUCGCAAUAGAAACAAAGGACGGAGACGAUGAUGAAGACGACUUCAACCACAAUCCCUGGGCGUCGCAGAACGACGAGGAUUCCUCUUCAGACGAGGGCGUGGUCAUGAUGAAGCGUUCACGCAAGAACAAGAAGCGACCGUUGUCGAGGACCACCUCAAAGACCAGCAUCAGCAGCGGCAACAGCAGCAGCAUCAAGAAGCCUGGCAACAAGACAAUCGAGAAGCUGCCGUCCACAACACUAAAGUACAGGACGGACUCGCCGGACGUGACCGAGCAGCAGCCGUCACACUCGUUGGGCUUUUGGCGGUCAAGCAGACUGUCGCCCUCGCCCUCUCAAGAAACCCUGAGACCUUCGCACCCAUCUUCCAACUUCCUCUUGCCUGAAGAUGACGACGAGGAAGAAGACUACUUCAACCCUUCAGGCGCUUUUGGAGACCAGCGACCGGCGACUCCCACGGCCUCGGGUUCCUUCUCUCCACGAAACAAGCACCUCGAGGUCCCCUCGGAAUCCGGAGGCCUACGAAGGACAGCAUCAGGCAUGAUUGCCCCCUUUGAAGACAGCGACGAUGAGCCCCAGCGCGGGGGCAUAUUAGGCAGCGUUGUGGACACUGUGAAUACGGCCAGGGACAUUGCGCAUGUAAUUUGGAAUGUGGGAUGGAAAAACUAG